CAGGGUCCGCUGGCAGACCUACUGUCAGUCUGCAGCUGCUGGAGGCCAUGGGGCGCAUCGUCGUGGCGCUGGUGGGCUUGCUGCUUGGCCUGGGGCUGCUGCUGGGUGAACUGGGCAGCCUGGCGAGCGCCGAACCCCGAGCCCCGCCGGACCGGAUUGCAAUCGUUGGCGCUGGAAUUGGUGGCACUUCCUCAGCCUAUUACCUUCGGAAGAAAUUUGGGAAGGAUGUGAAGAUUGACGUAUUUGAAAGAGAAGAGGUUGGGGGCCGCUUGGCCACUUUGAAGGUGCAAGGUCAUGACUACGAGGCAGGGGGUUCUGUCAUCCACCCCCUAAAUUUGCACAUGAAGCGUUUUGUCAAAGAGCUGGGUCUUUCCAGUGUUCCGGCUUCAGGUGGCCUGAUGGGGGUGUACAAUGGAAAGUCUCUGGUAUUUGAGGAGAGCAGCUGGUUUAUAAUCAACAUGAUUAAACUGGUGUGGCGCUACGGAUUUCAGUCCCUGAGAAUGCACAUGUGGGUAGAAGACUUGCUGGACAAGUUCAUGAGGAUCUAUCGUUAUCAGUCCCAUGACUAUGCCUUCAGCAGUGUAGAAAAGUUAAUGUUCGCUAUUGGAGGGGAUGACUACCUCCGACUGCUUAACCAGACUCUCCGUGAAAACCUGCAGAAGGCAGGCUUCUCUGAGACGUUCCUCAAUGAGAUGGUCGCUCCUAUCAUGAGGGUCAAUUUUGGUCAGAGCACCGACCUCAACGCCUUUGUGGGGGCAGUGUCAAUGACAGCUGCCGAUUCUAACCUGUGGGCGGUGGAAGGUGGUAAUAAAGUUGUUUGCUCAGGGCUCCUUCAGGCUUCCAGCAGCAACCUUAUCACUGGCUCCGUAGUGUCCAUAGAGGAGAAGACAAGGACCAAGCAGACAGGAAACCCCACAAAAAUGUAUGAAGUGGUAUAUAAAACAGGAUCUGAGACCCGUUCUGAGUUCUACGACAUUGUCCUUGUGGCUGCUCCAUUGAACCGCAAGAUGUCCGGCAUAACUUUCCUCAAUUUUGAUCCGCCCAUUGAAGAAUUCAAUGACCCAUAUCAACACCUGGUGACAACUCUCAUCAAAGGAGAACUCAAUUCCACUCUCUUCAGCUUCAGACCCAAGGACCAGUUUGGCCUCUCCACAGUUCUUGUCACUGAUGACUCAGAUAUGUUUGUUAACAGCCUGUCCAUUGUGGCUUCUGUAAAAGAGAAGGAGGGUCUUGCACGGUCAGUGGAUGGCAUGCAAGUGUGGAAGACCUUCUCUAGGGACAUUCUCACCAAAGAGCAGAUUUCAAAGCUCUUCCUGUCCUAUGAUUAUGCUGCUCGGAAGCCAUGGCUGUCCUAUCCUUACUAUGAGCCCCCUCAGAAGUGUCCCUCCAUCAUCCUCCAUGACCGGCUCUAUUACCUCAACGGCAUUGAGUUUGCUGCCAGCUGCAUGGAGAUGAGCGCCAUUGCUGGCUACAACGCAGCUCUCCUUGCCUACCACCGCUGGAAUGGCAAUGAGAACAUGAUUGACCAGGAUGACCUGUAUGAAAAACUUAAAACUGAGCUAUAACUGAGCGCUGCCCCUCCCCAGCGCAUCCUGCUCUUGAAGGACUGAGUCAGCAGGGAUGAUUUUGAAUCUUUACCAGCACUCUUCAUGUGGGUCAUGAGAAAACACAGAGUUCUGUUCACCGGAGAACUUGACCUUCGGCCAGAAUGUCUUCACUCUUCCGUUCUGGGGGGAGGUACAGGCGGAUCGAACUAGGGCGCGCUAGGCAAACGCUCUACUAUUGAGCUGAGCUACACCCAGCCCUCUUUGUUGUUUUUCUUUUGAGACUGAGUCUCGCUAAGUUGUCCAAGAGGAAUCCUCCUGCCUCAGCCUCCCAAGUACCCCCAGGCUCUCAUCGUUAGGUCUGGCUUUUAACUGUGUGUGGGACACUGGCAGAGUUUCCCAGACUUGAAGGUCUUUUUUUUUUUCUUUUUCUUUUUCUGUUCGUUUACUUUUUUUUUUUUUUUUUGACAGGGUUUGUCUGUGUAACAGUCCUGGCUGUGGCUGUCCUGGAACUAUCUGUGUAGACCAGGCUGGCCUAGAGCUCACAGUUUGCCCUGCCUCUGCCUCUCAAGUGCUAAGAUUAAAGGAGUGUGCCACCACUGACUGGUGUUUGAAGAGUCACCUGGAACUUGGUAAACAUCUGGAUUUGAAUUCAGUGGGAUGACUGUGGGUGAACCUGAGUUUGCUUCAAAUUGUAGAGCAAUUUUUUUCUCUAUUUUUUUCCCCUUUGUGGGAGGGUGUUUAAACUGUCCUACUCACACCCCAGGCUGGAACUCAUUAUGUACCCUAGGCUGGGUACAUCUUCCUGUCUCAGCCUCCCAUGUGCUGGGAUACAAGCACGAGGUCCAAGUCCUGGCAGUUUACACUUUGUUAUGCAGUGUGCUCAAGUCUGAAGUCAUGACUUUAAGAAUGUGAUUUUUUUUAUUGUUUUUGUCUUGGUUUUAUCAUGGAUAGAUUCAGAUAUAGAAAGAGAAGAUAUCCUGUGAAAUGGGAACAGGAUAGAAACUAUUAAAUCAAGAAAUUGACACUUUAAUACAAUGCCCUCAUGUAAGGAGGUCUGUGUUUUCCUACUUGUGCUAGGAAUUGAACCCAAGACCCUGAGUAUUCCAGGCAAGGAUGAGUGCUCUUCCACUGAUCUACAUUCCCAGCCCUAAGAGCUUCAAGGCCUCACAUCCAGAAAAUGGGAUUUCCUGGCCUGGGUUGAGGAUGGGGUCUUGGCACUGUAGCUUUGUAAAGUUAAAGUUCCUAGCCUGUAGCCAAAGGUGAGCAAGUCCUGGAUGUGGGGUUAAACCUACAGAGAACUUUGAGUGCCUUAAAAGUGCUAAGGAACACAAACCAUGACCUCAGCAGACUAUCCUCAGCAGUGAUCUCCAUGGGGACUAGCACUGCCGCAGAGGCAGCUUGGGUGAGCCCAGAGCAGCUGGCCUUAAUAUGGGGUCUUCAUGGUGACCUGAUUCAGAGGGAAUCACUCAGAUGUCAGGCAUUCAGAGGCCUGAAAUCUUAAAACAGUGAGGGUCUCUCAGCUGUGGUUGCCUGUGGGAGUCCAGGCUUCUCCUGCAGCCAAGCUCAAGAAAUCUAGCUUUUUGUCCACCAGUGACUAGUAUUAAGAGAAAAAAAGUAAUUUUGCCUGUAAUCUCAGUACUUUUAUGGCAGAAGCAAGGGGAUCAAGAGUUCAAGGCCAGCCUGGGCUGUAACAAUGCCCUGUCUCAAGAAAUAAAAACCAACUCUCUUCACCGGAUUAUAGUACUACAUCAGCAAAGUGUUCUAAGAAAAUACUGAUUCUUAAAAAUUAUUUUUCCCUUGUACUGCUGUGGGUAUUAAUAGUGUGUGGAGAAAGCAGCCAUGAUAUAUUUGGUAUAGUGACAGGAAUUAAACUUAUAGUUUAUCAAAAGGUUGGCAUUUUUUCUGAUGUGUUCAGAGACAUGUGUAUUUUUCCCUGUUGUGGUUUUAAUGAACAUGGUUUGUCAAGAAUAUAAGAACACUGUUGUGGAUUUGGUACAGCAGCUCCUCAACUGAGGGAUGUUUCAUGACCCCCAGUGUGCCACCAGAGCUGGGAAGCAGUGAGUCCGUAUGUUCUAUUCUCCACAUGUACAAUAUACCUGUGAAAAGUUUUAAUUUAUAAAUUCGACACAGUAAGGGAUUAACAUUAAUUGUAAAACAGAAAAAUGGUAACAAUUUACCCAUAAUGGAAAUCAAUUAAAACUUACAACUUA